CAAAAAGGAAAAAACCAGAGAGGAAAACAAAAUAAAAAACAAUUGCCGUAGAAAAUUGUUUUCGUUGCCGUUCCGUCACCCGUCACCCGUCACCCGUCCGCUGUCCGCUGACCGGGUGGUGCCUCUGGUGCUGGGUUCUGGUUAUUGAUUCACUGUGCCGCCUGAUCGAUGCGCCAUAUGUCUGCCUAACGGACGCUGCCACUUUGCCAGUUGGCCGCAUGCCACAGGUUGAGGUUGCGCUUGAGAUUGGCAAUUGAGUUUCUCUUUUUAUUUUUACUUCAGCUCGCAUUUGAGUUUAAAUUUGCGUUUUGUGCUGAACGGAGAGAUUGAGUGAUUGCAACAUCAUAGAGACACUGAUAGCGACAGAUGAAUGGCAAUCGAUCGAGCUCCGUUUGAUCGAAUGAAUAAAUGAAUGAAUGGCCUCAAUUGGCUUUUAACUGCUGCCCACGACAGGAAGCAAACGGAAGCAAAGCAAGGAGUAUUGCCGUUUCCCAAAUUAAUAUACUUAACUCAACCAAAUGCGUCUCAUUGUGGCCAUAACGAGAAUGAGUUCCCAACGGACACACGCAUCGAGAACAGCCUGGCUGGCCUAUGCCUAUGUCCUCAGAUUUCUAAUACUGCUGCCAGCCUGUUCAGCUGGACCGCACGAGAAGCGUUUACUGCACGCCCUGCUGGACAACUACAACAGCUUGGAGCGACCCGUGGUCAACGAAUCCGAUCCAUUGCAACUGAGUUUUGGCUUAACACUAAUGCAAAUCAUCGAUGUGGACGAAAAGAAUCAGCUACUCAUCACAAAUAUUUGGCUUAAAUUGGAAUGGAACGACAUGAAUCUCCGUUGGAAUUCCAGUGAAUUUGGAGGUGUUCGCGAUUUACGUAUACCGCCUCAUCGCUUGUGGAAACCGGACGUGCUCAUGUACAAUAGCGCGGACGAAGGCUUCGAUGGCACCUACGCCACCAAUGUGGUGGUGCGGAACAAUGGCAGCUGCCUUUACGUGCCACCUGGCAUCUUUAAGUCCACGUGCAAAAUCGACAUUACCUGGUUCCCCUUUGAUGAUCAGCGCUGCGAGAUGAAGUUUGGCUCCUGGACGUACGACGGUUUUCAGCUGGACCUGCAAUUACAGGACGAAGCUGGCGGCGACAUCUCAAGUUUCAUAACCAAUGGCGAAUGGGACUUGCUAGGUGUGCCCGGUAAACGUAAUGAAAUCUACUAUAAUUGCUGCCCAGAACCUUAUAUUGACAUAACAUUCGCCAUUUUGAUACGACGCAAAACUUUAUACUAUUUUUUCAAUUUAAUUGUGCCGUGCGUAUUGAUCGCAUCGAUGGCACUGCUAGGGUUCACACUGCCACCAGAUUCUGGUGAAAAGCUCUCGCUUGGAGUCACAAUAUUACUAUCGCUCACAGUCUUCCUGAACAUGGUAGCGGAAACGAUGCCAGCGACUUCCGAUGCCGUACCGCUGCUUGGAACUUAUUUCAAUUGCAUUAUGUUUAUGGUGGCCUCAUCAGUUGUGUCAACCAUACUUAUCCUCAAUUAUCAUCAUAGAAAUCCAGAUACGCAUGAAAUGAGUGAAUGGAUAAGAGUAAUAUUCCUUUAUUGGUUACCUUGCAUAUUGCGCAUGCAAAGACCCGGACAGGUUGGCUACGAAUGUCCGCCGCCGCCCUCGUCUUCGGGCUCCUCCAAUGCUGGUGACAAAAAGCAACAGAUACAAAACGUUGAGCUCAAGGAAAGAUCCUCUAAAUCGCUGCUCGCCAAUGUUCUCGACAUUGAUGACGACUUUCGCUGCAAUCAUCGCUGCACCAGUGCCACUUUACCCCAUCAGCCCACUUACUACCGGACAAUGUUUAGGCAAGGCGACGAUGGCAGUGUGGGCCCGGUGGGUCCAGUGGGUCAAGUGGGCCAAGUUGGACCCGUUGCCGCCGUAACCGAUGCUCGCAUGCACGAGGCCAUUUCGCAUACCUGUCUAAGCUCCUCGGCCGAAUAUGAGCUCGCCCUCAUACUGAAGGAGCUACGUUGGAUAACCGAUCAGCUGAAGAAAGAGGACGAAACAGGCGAUAUUACGCGGGAUUGGAAAUUUGCCGCAAUGGUCGUGGAUCGUUUGUGCCUUAUUAUUUUCACGCUUUUCACAAUUAUAGCCACGCUGGCUGUAUUGUUUUCGGCACCACAUUUCAUUUUCCCGUAAAUGCUUCACGCAACUCUCAACAGUGUCCACAACCCUUCGUUUUGAGACAAGUCGUACAAAUAUUAUUUCUACUUUUGUACAAUUUUAAUAGA